UCGCAGCCGGUAAAGCGCAUGAAAGGAUCUUCAGGAACUUUUUUCCUUUCUCUCAAAAUUAUUCUCGCUUUCUCCUUCGCUCUCUCUCUCUAACCUGAGCGAUUUUUCGAUUUGGUUCUUUUGGUUUAUGAUUCUGGAGGUUUUGUUGUUGCGGCGGUGAUCUUGAAAAUGGGAGAUGGGACUGAUGUUGUGGUUAGGUCAGAAGGGGAAGAGAAGAAGAAGCUUGCCGAUGAUAGAAUUAGCGAUGAGCAAGUAGAGAAGAAGAAUGAGUUUGUGCGAUCUGAUAAGGCUAAAGAUAACGAAGAUGAGAUCUUUGAGGAAGCAAUUGGUUCAGAGAAUGAUGAUGAAAAGGAGGAAGGUUCAAAACGUGAACUGUCAGGACCGGAUGGGUUGCAAGAGGGUUCAAUUGUAGAGGCAGCUCCAGAAAGUUCCAAGGACGAGAUUGAAGUGGAGGAUUUUGAAGAGGCAACGGGUGAUCUUGAUGAAACAAGUAGCAAUGAAGGGGGAGUAAAAGAUUCCAAAGUUGAUUAUCCGGUUAACGUUCAACGAGAGGCUGAACCUGAUUUUGUGACUCCUAAAAUGAAUGGUGAUGAGGAGGAAGCAGGUGCAGAAAAUUCCAAUGUUGUUGAGAACUCUGAGAAGGCGGCUGAUUCCAAUGGUUCGAAUUUAGUGGCUGAAGAUGUGAAUAUGGAAAACGGAAAUACACAUUCUUUAUCUGAAAAUGGAAUCGUCUCUCAUGAGAAUGAAGAACUGGUGGCUGAUGGUAUCUCAAAAAGUGUUGCGCCUGAGGAAAUGUGGAAUGAUGGCAUUGAAGUCGAAAAUUGGGAGGAAAGAGCUGAUGCUUCACCUGGCAUACGAACAGAACCACAAGUUGAGGGAAGUGGAGUAACACACGAGAAUCGCCCUGAGGCAAACGGAAAUGGUGAGACUAGUGCCGAUUACACAAGUAAUACUGUUGAAAAUGCCUCUGGUGAAAAAUCCUUGAAUGGUGGUAUUGGAGUUGCAAGUGCUGUGACCUCAUCUCCAUCUGAGAAAUCUAGUUCUGAUGAAAAGCCAGAGAUUGAAAGUGACAGUAGUUGUUUGAAACCAGAGCAUCACGUAGCUUCUUCACUGAACUCAAAUUUGGAGUCGUCUACUGAAGUUCGCAGCAAUAGUGGCUUCCCGGGAGUUACUAGUAAAGAACACGAGACAGUUCAAACUGCUAACGGAGGACAUGGUGUUCAACAAAGUCCUCAACCUAACAAGGAACUUGAAAAUCAGCAAAGCAGCAGAGUAAAUAUAGAUCCAGAGAUUAAGGAAACAUCACAUGUGGAAAGAGAGUCUGAAGUAGUAAAUUCUGUUUCACCGACGGAAUCUAGAAGUAAUCCUGCAGCAUUGCCACCUGCUCGACCAGCAGGUCUUGGUCGUGCUGCUCCUCUUUUGCAACCUGCACCACGUGCUCCUCAACAGUCUCGAGUCAAUGGAAAUGUGUCUCACAGUCAGCCUCAGCAAGCUGAGGACUCUACCACUGCAGAGACCGAUGAGCAUGAUGAGACCCGUGAGAAGCUCCAGUUGAUCAGGGUCAAAUUUUUGAGGCUUGCACAUAGACUAGGGCAAACUCCACAUAAUGUUGUAGUUGCUCAGGUUUUAUAUAGGCUUGGAUUGGCUGAACAGUUGAGAGGUAGAAAUGGAAGCCGUGUUGGUGCUUUUAGUUUUGAUCGUGCUAGUGCCAUGGCAGAACAGCUUGAGGCAGCUGGACAGGAUCCACUUGAUUUUUCUUGUACGAUUAUGGUGCUCGGUAAAAGUGGGGUUGGUAAAAGUGCAACGAUCAAUUCCAUAUUUGAUGAAGUGAAAUUUUGUACUGAUGCAUUCCAGAUGGGAACAAAGAGGGUUCAAGAUGUUGAGGGUUUUGUUCAGGGAAUUAAGGUACGGGUGAUUGACACUCCCGGUCUCUUACCGUCCUGGUCUGAUCAAUCCAAGAAUGAGAAGAUCCUGAACUCUGUUAAGGCGUUCAUCAAGAAAAAUCCACCGGACAUUGUACUAUAUCUUGAUAGGUUGGAUAUGCAAAGCAGAGAUUCUGGUGACAUGCCUCUCUUGCGCACCAUCAGUGACGUUUUUGGACCAUCGAUAUGGUUUAAUGCCAUUGUGGGUUUGACUCAUGCCGCUUCUGUUCCACCAGACGGCCCAAAUGGCACUGCUUCGAGCUAUGACAUGUUUGUAACACAACGUUCUCAUGUCAUCCAGCAGGCUAUUCGCCAAGCAGCUGAAGAUAUGAGGCUCAUGAACCCUAUUUCUUUAGUUGAGAAUCACUCUGCUUGCAGGACUAAUCGGGCAGGCCAGAGAGUAUUACCGAACGGCCAAGUAUGGAAGCCUCAUUUGCUGUUACUCUCAUUUGCAUCAAAGAUUCUAGCAGAAGCAAAUGCUCUUCUGAAAUUACAAGAUAAUAUUCCAGGGAGACCAUUUGCAGCUCGGACUAAGGCUCCGCCAUUACCGUUUCUCCUAUCUUCGCUUCUGCAAUCAAGACCACAGCCUAAGCUUCCUGAACAGCAGUAUGGUGAUGAAGAAGAUGAAGAUGAUUUGGAUGAAUCAUCAGAUUCUGACGAAGAAUCAGAGUAUGAUCAGCUUCCACCCUUUAAGCAUUUGACUAAAGAUCAAAUGGCGAAGCUUAGUAAAUCUCAGAAGAAGCAAUAUCUUGAUGAGAUGGAGUACCGUGAGAAACUAUUGAUGAAGAAGCAAAUGAAAGAGGAAAGAAAGAGACGUAAGAUGUUUAAGAAGUUUGCUGCCGAGAUCAAAGAUUUGCCGAACGAGCCUCCUAGUGACAAUGUGGAAGAGGAGAGUGGUGGACCUGCAUCAGUUCCAGUUCCCAUGCCAGAUUUAUCUCUACCUGCGUCUUUUGACUCUGACAACCCUACUCACCGCUACCGCUACCUUGAUUCAUCGAAUCAAUGGCUUGUUAGGCCGGUCUUGGAAACUCAUGGCUGGGAUCAUGACAUUGGUUAUGAAGGUGUGAAUGCGGAGACACUCUUUGUUGUUAAUAAACAAAUACCAGUAUCUUUGUCAGGCCAAGUGACAAAGGACAAGAAGGAUGCAAAUGUGCAGCUGGAAAUGGCCAGCUCGGUUAAACAUGGAGAAGGUAGAUCAACUUCACUAGGUUUUGACAUGCAAACCGUUGGAAAGGAAUUGGCUUACACUGUUCGAGGUGAAACGAGAUUCAACAAUUUCAGGAGAAACAAAGCUGCAGCGGGUCUGUCUCUAACGCUCUUGGGUGAUUCUGUAUCUGCUGGGUUAAAAGUCGAAGAUAAGUUGAUUGCUAAUAAAUGGUUCAGAAUGGUUAUGUCUGGUGGAGCAAUGACUUCUCGAGGAGAUGUUGCUUAUGGUGGCAGUUUAGAAGCUCAGCUGAGAGAUAAAGAUUAUCCACUUGGUCGGUUUUUGACCACUCUUGGACUUUCGGUUAUGGAUUGGCACGGUGAUCUUGCUAUAGGAGGGAAUAUACAGUCUCAGAUUCCCAUUGGUCGUUCCUCUAAUUUAGUCGCUCGUGCUAAUCUGAACAAUAGAGGCGCAGGGCAAGUAAGUGUCCGUGUAAACAGCUCAGACCAGCUCCAACUUGCAAUGGUUGCAAUUGUUCCUCUCUUCAAGAAGCUACUUAGUUAUUAUUCCCAGCAGACGCAAUAUGGACAAUGAUGAAAAACUCAUUUAGGCUGAUUUUCACUUCCAUUCCUUUGUUGCAAUGGAGUAUUAGGAAAUGAUAGUCACAAGAACAUCCUAGGAUCACUUGAAAAGGAGAGCUAUGUCUGCUCUUGGAUUGAAAAAGAAAAAGACCAAAUUGUUGGAGGAAAAGCAUGUGUCACGAAAUAGCAGAAGAACAUAACACGCUCCUUGUCUGAUAUAUAAGUUCAGUGGUUAUUUUCUUCUAUUUCUAAAAACCUUUGUGAUCUCUGUUAUGAAAUAAAGAUUUUCUAGUUUUGUUCA